GCCGGCCCCGCGGUCUCGCCCACUGCCCGCACCGGCCGGCCGUAGAGCGGGCACGAUGCUGCCGCCCGCGCCCUCCCGCCUCGGGCUGCUGCUGCUGCUGCUCCUGUGUCCGGCGCACGUCGGCGGACUGUGGUGGGCCGUGGGCAGCCCCCUGGUCAUGGACCCUACCAGCAUCUGCAGGAAGGCCCGGCGGCUGGCAGGACGGCAGGCCGAGUUGUGCCAGGCUGAGCCGGAGGUGGUGGCUGAGCUGGCCCGGGGCGCCCGGCUGGGGGUGCGCGAGUGUCAGUUCCAGUUCCGGUUCCGCCGCUGGAACUGCUCCAGCCACAGCAAGGCCUUUGGGCGCAUUCUGCAGCAGGACAUCCGGGAGACGGCCUUCGUGUUCGCCAUAACGGCCGCGGGUGCCAGCCACGCGGUCACGCAGGCCUGCUCCAUGGGCGAGCUGCUGCAGUGCGGCUGCCAGGCGCCCCGGGGGCGCGCCCCGCCCCGGCCCCCCGGCCUGCCAGGCACCCCGGGCCCCCCCGGCCUCGCGGGAUCCCCGGAUGGCAGCGCCGCCUGGGAGUGGGGAGGCUGCGGCGACGACGUGGACUUCGGGGACGAGAAGUCGAGGCUCUUUAUGGACGCGCGGCACAAGCGGGGACGCGGAGACAUUCGUGCGCUGGUGCAACUUCACAACAACGAGGCGGGCCGGCUGGCCGUGCGGAGCCAUACGCGCACCGAGUGCAAGUGUCACGGGCUGUCGGGCUCGUGCGCGCUGCGCACCUGCUGGCAGAAGCUGCCCCCGUUCCGCGAGGUGGGCGCGCGGCUGCUCGAGCGCUUCCACGGCGCCUCGCGUGUCAUGGGCACCAACGACGGCAAGGCUCUGCUGCCCGCCGUCCGCACUCUCAAGCCGCCGGGCCGCGCCGACCUGCUCUACGCCGCCGAUUCGCCCGACUUCUGCGCCCCCAACCGGCGCACCGGCUCGCCGGGCACGCGCGGCCGCGCCUGCAACAGCAGUGCCCCGGACCUCAGCGGCUGCGACCUGCUGUGCUGCGGCCGCGGGCACCGCCAGGAGAGCGUGCAGCUCGAGGAGAACUGCCUGUGCCGCUUCCACUGGUGCUGCGUGGUGCAGUGCCACCGCUGCCGCGUGCGCAAGGAGCUCAGCCUCUGCCUCUGAGCCGCCGCUCGGCUCUCCAAACUGCGCGCAGAGCCGCCUCUCGGCACCUGGGGGACCUCUGGGCUCCAGCAGGGGGCGCUUCCAGGCCCAGCUUCCCCUUGCGCCAGUCCAUCUUCCUGGCCUCUGUAAACCGUGGGGCAGGGGGACCCGCCCAUGAAGGCCCAGGGCACCGGAGGGGCCCCCGAAAGGCGUUCUGGGGGCUCUUGGGGGAGACUAUACAGGCCCUCUGUCUCCUUGGCCCCCAGAUGGAAACCAAAGAGCCAGUCUCUAGGCCUCUGGAUGCAGGGCGCCUCAGAACUGCUGGCCGUGGGGUGGGUGGGUGAGUUUAGCAUCAAUAAAGAUAUUUAAACCAAUAGGUCUGGGCCCACAGUUUAGGAGGGGGGCUGGUCUCCCGCGGGCUGCCAUGGGGCCAGGCUCUGGAAGGAGUGUGUGAAGGGAGAUGGUUUUAACAGAACCAGCAUCUCAGGGGUCAUCGUGGGUCCCUCUCUUCCCUCCACCAGACUGGGCUCUCCUGGCAACCGUGGUGAAGAGUGCCGAAUCUCUCCCUUGGCAUCCUUGUCACACAGCUAGGGCCUGGCUCUGCAAGCUGGGGAAGAACUAGCAAUUCUUUAAAGGAGCAGACUGAAAGGGUCCAAGAAAAGAAGACCAGAACCUCUGGGGGUGUACUCAGCUCUCAGUUCAGCCCUCGUGUUAAUUCUAGGGGAGUGUGACAAUUUUAUCUGCUCUUCUGUUUCUGUGACCCUUGGGGAAUUCGAGGGUAGACUUUUAGGGCCACCCAAGCUCAUAGGAUUAAAGCACUUUAUAAACUGUAGAAUGUGAUGAAAGUAUGUUAUUAGUAACAUCAGACUUUGUUACCAUCGAAACUAACUCCAGCCCCAUUAACAUUGAAGAGACUGCCCAGAACAGCAUUCUAAUCACACUUGGAGGAAGUCCAAGCAAAGUUGUCCCAAGGUUUGUCUUGGCACCUAACCACAUUUCCUUCCUUCUGGUUCUUUUUCGGGAAGCUGAUGGUGAGGAUGAAAGGACAGAGAGGAAAGGUUUGGGGUUCUGGGUUCUCCAGAGAUGAACCUCAUGCCACCAUUUUCCUCCAGAGAGAAUGGGGGAAUGUGUAACCAAAUGGCUGGGACUCAGAGCCCCCAAUCUGCCCACAGUCCAAACACUGCAGUGGGGAAUGACUCUCCAUCAAGGCACGUAGGGCAGAGUAUCAGCUUUGGAUUCAGGUGCUCUGGGUCUGAAGCUGGUGCGGCUGCAUAGAAGUUUACAAUAUAGCCCAUGUUAGCCUCAGUUUCUUUACCUAUACAAUGGGAUUAUCAUCCUGUUUCUGUUAUCCUUUGCUGCAUAACAAACAACCCUAAAGUAAUUAUUUCUUAUGAUCCUUUAGGUCAGGAAUUUAUCAGAACUCAGCUUGGUGAUCCUGCUCUUAUGGCAGAACUAUUGGCUGUGGUCAUUCACUUGGCUGCAUUCUGCUGGUGGCUGGGCUGGGCUGGAGAGUCCAAGAGGCUUCAUUCGUAUAUGUCCAGUGCCUCGGAGCUUCUCCAGCCUUCUUCCCUCCAUGUGGCUAGCCACGGCCUGGUGGCCUCAAUGUAAUCAGACUUGUUACAUAAGGCUGGCUUUCAAAAUAGAUUGUGCCAAACUUGAAGGCAGAAGCUGCAAAUCUUAAGGUCCAGCCCUGGAAGUUACACAGCAUCACUGUCACUCCCUAUUGGUUGACAAAAGUCACAGAACCAGCCAAAAUUCAAGGGAAGGGCAAAUAGACUCCACCUCUCAGUGGAAGAGUGGCAAAGAAUUUGCAGCCAUCAUAAUCCAUCCCACAUCCUCAUAGAAUUGUGAGAGGAUUUUUUUGAGAUAUGAGAAUCACUUAGCAUUUGGCAAAAUAACUUAUGUCAACGUUAUGUUUAAUAAAUGGUAGUUACUCUGAGAAUGAGGAUAGAGCUGAUGUUUUGCAGGUGUUAGGUAGGCCCUGAUUGCAAAUGAAGAUACCCAACUCAAACCAGCUUAGGA